AUGCUGAAGGUCAUUGAACCCCGCUAUGAAGUUCCAACCCGGCCACACUUCAGCCAGAAAAUUAUACCCAGUCUUUAUGAAAAAACUAAAUCUGCCAUCGUCCAAGAAUUAUCAAAGGCAUGUGCGGUAGUGCUAACAACUGAUGGGUGGACAUCGAGAGCAAACGAGAGCUACUUAACUGUGACGGCGCAUCACAUUAACUCCGAGUGGAGCAUGGUUAGCUACGUUCUGCAAACUCGUCCCAUUUAUGAGCAACAUACAAGCGCAAACCUGGCAGAGAUGCUAAAAGAAACUGUGCAGGAGUGGAAAUUGGAGAGGCCAGGAACGAAAAUUACAGUUACAACAGAUAAUGCCCGGAAUAUUGUCAGUGCAGUCAGCGAAUCUGGUCUGGGUCCGCAGAUCGGGUGUUUUGCGCACACAAUUAAUCUUGCUUCACAAAAAGCUACAGAACUCAACCAGAUUUCGAGACUGCUUGGCAAAGUGAGACGCAUCGUGACUUUCUUUCACCGAAGCCCCACAGCUGCGCACAUUUUGGAGAACAAACAGGAGAUGCUCAACAUCGCAAAACACAAACUUAUUCAGGACGUCACCACGAGAUGGAACUCGAGUUAUGACAUGCUUGUCAGAUACCUUGAGCAGCAGGCAGCGGUGUACUCAGCGCUGACCGAGAAGGCUCUGAAGAAGAAAGACAUCAGCGUACUGUCUGACGUGGAGGUGAGGACGGCAGAGGAGAUAAUUGAGGUGCUAAAGCCACUAAAAACGAUCACUGCUCUUGUAUGCACUGAAGCUUCACCUUCAGCAUCAAUGAUACUGCCCCUUAAAGCCACACUACUCCAAUCCAUGGAGCCAAAUGAGGGAGAUAGUGCAACAGUGACCCAGGUCAAGGCUGCCAUCAGAGAAAACCUGCAGCAGAGGUACGCCACUUCUCAGGACUUUUUACACAGAUGCACAGUGCUGGACCCAAGGUUUAAGACACUUGCUCAUGUGGAUGAUGCCUGUCGGGAAAGGAUCUACAACAGCCUCAUCAACGAGAUUGUGGCCAUUCAAGAAGAGAGCGAAGAAUCCACAGGGGCAGCUGCUUCAUCCUCAGAGACAGGACCCGCAGCGGCAAAUGAAUCCUCACCUCCAGUCAAAAAAUCCGCAAUGGCUGAACUGUUUGGUGAUCUCUUCAAGACACAGGUGGGAAACAAGGAUACCUUGCAGCUGGUGAAUAAGGAGGUUAUCAAAUACAAGGCACUGCCUUGUAUACCAGCGGACUCUGAUCCACUUUUGUGGUGGAAGACCAGUGAGUACAUGUACCCCCUGACUGCCAAGCUGGCAAAGCACUACCUCGCCAUACCUGCUACCUCCGUCCCUACUCGAACUACAAACACCAUGGACACCGAAGACAGUGGUGUUCGUGUAUACGACUGCCAGACGAUACUGCAGCCAAGGAAUCGUGCAGUUACUAACCUCCAUGAUGAUGUUCUCAGUAAACUCCGUGACCUCGGCUUGCUGCGAAGACCAGGACUUCAGUCGUUGGUGGCCGGAAAAGAGGAUGUCGCAAGCGGUGCUCGAGGAAGCGGAAGCGCGGGAAACGGGCAGGUGUUCAUGCUAGGCUAA